AUGAUGAGAAGGAUGAAGAUUGAGGAAGCCAAGCCAACAAGAAUGGCACUCCAAUUGGCUGACAGAACAUUUAAGUUUCCAUAUGGGGUGGUGGAAGACUUGCUAGUGAAAGUAGGAGAAUUCAUCUUCCCUACUGAUUUCGUUGUGCUGUACAUGGAAGAAGAGGUUGACGCGUCAAUUAUCCUAGGAAGACCAUUUCUAGCUACUGCUCGAGCCAUCAUUGAUGUGCAGAAAGGGGAAUUAGUCUUGAGAUUGCAUGAAGAAAAAAUAGUCUUCAACAUCUUUAAAGCAAUGAGUUACCCUAAGGAACCCAUAGAAGAAUGUAUGCUGGUAGACAACAUGGAAUAG